UUAUAUAUGCAUGCACUUUGAUGGAAAGACGUGCAUCACGCACAUUCAUCGUUUCUGAGUGUGGGCAUUAAGGAAGAUUCCCUCCGCAAAGAUAACUAGUGGACUUGUGACGCAAACAUCUGAACUCUUGGUGUAAACAGCAGUUGACCUGCUCUACCCGCUCCUCACACCUGCGAUGUGAAGCAUGGACCAUCCAUCGUAUCAUGGCCCGAUCACCAAACAGAGAUGCGAGGAGCUGCUCGGCAAUAAAGGGCGGAAUGGGACUUACCUCAUUCGGGACAGCGAGACCAUUCAGGGAGCUAUGUGCCUAUGUGUGUACAAACACAAAGUGGUCUAUACAUACAGGAUCCUCCAAACUCACUCAGGCUCCUUCACCCUACAGGCCAGUUCAGGUGUAGAGGAAAAGUUUUUUAAGAACAUAAAGGAUCUAAUUCAUCAUUACAAGCAAAAGAAUCAAGGACUUGCAACACAUUUACGCCAUGCACUGAAAAGAAAAACACUGCCGCAACAACAGCUUUUGCAAUUUCCAGCAUCAGGAGCAGAAGUGGGCGAUGAGGAGAACGAUUAUGAAAAUGUUAAUUGUUCAGCGGAUUAUGUUGUUGUUUUGCCGGAUUAAUUUCAUCGCGAUGUGAAGUCCUGAAUGGAAAAAAGUGGAUCGGUCAGAUGCAAUACCCUUUUCAGGAACUUUCUGGGCAUUUUCAAUGCACAUAUGGGGAUAUCCAUUACAUGAAGCCAUAUGUCCAGGUAUAUCAUCAUUCAAAUGGAAGACUUCAUUGAUUGAAUGUCUUAGUGAUUCUUACACUGUAAAAUUGCUGGGUUCCACACAAUUCUUUCAAGUUGUCCCAACACAAAUAGAUUAAGUUAACGUUAUUGUUUUUACAAAUU